AACAAAUGAUCUUGGUUUGAGUCCCUGUACAAGGUGCGGCAGAAUCUCCCGUUUAACUUGUAAAAAGUUUGUGUUUUUCUCAGUUUAUGGCGGAUUCCUUAGCUACAGCCACCAUAACACGUUAGCAGGCCUGUUGUAAAGUGCUUUAAGAGCUCGCGGCUCUGAUUGGUCAGAAUGGCGUCGGGGAAGAAUAAGAACCAGACGUCUCUGGCGCUUCAUAAAGUGAUCAUGGUGGGCAGCGGGGGGGUCGGGAAGUCCGCCCUCACCUUACAGUUCAUGUACGACGAGUUCGUGGAGGACUACGAGCCCACGAAGGCCGACAGCUACAGGAAGAAGGUGGUUCUGGACGGGGAAGACGUUCAGAUCGAUAUCUUGGACACGGCGGGACAGGAGGACUACGCCGCCAUCAGAGACAAUUACUUCAGGAGUGGAGAGGGCUUCCUGCUGCUGUUCUCCAUCACCGAGCACGAGUCCUUCAGCGCCACCGCAGACUUCAG